AUGAAGGCGCAGGCGGCCAGUUUGCCCUUUACGCCCAUCUAUGCAGCCAUGGCGUCCAUUGUCAACACCAAACUACCCCAGGUGGGAGACUUGCUGUUGUCUAGAUUGAUCACACAGUUCCGCAAAGCGUUUAAGCGAAAUGAUAAAGCCGUCUGCAUUUCCUCCACGACAUUCAUUGCGCACCUGUGCAACAACCAAGUCGCCCACGAAAUGCUUGCAGCUCAAAUCCUCCUACUCCUUCUGCACAAGCCAACGGAUGACAGUGUCGAGAUUGCUGUAGGACUCACUCGCGAAGUUGGUCAACACCUGGAGGAAAUGAACCCUCCGAUCGCCCUCGCGGUAUUCGACCAGUUCCGCAAUAUCCUCCACGAGGCCGACAUCGACAAGCGUAUCCAAUAUAUGAUUGAGGUGCUUUUCCAAGUGCGCAAGGAUCGAUACAAGGACAACCCGUCCAUGAAGGAGGAACUUGAUCUGGUGGAAGAAGAGGAUCAAAUCACCCACCGCCUGGGUUUGGAUGACGAUUUCGAGACCCAAGACACCCUCAAUAUCUUCAAAUUCGACCCCGAGUGGGAAGAACACGAGGAGGCCUACAAGAAAUUGAAGAGCGAGAUUCUGGGUGAAGAUAGCGAUGAGGAUGGAGAUGAUGACGAUGAUGACGAAGACGAGAGCUCGGAGGAUGAAUCAGACGCGGAGGAACAGAAAAUGGACAUCAAGGACCAGACCAACACAAACCUAGUCAACUUACGACGAACGAUCUACCUGACUAUCAUGUCGAGUAUAGAUUUCGAAGAAUGCUGCCACAAAUUGAUGAAGAUCAACCUUCCUGCAGGCCUGGAGCCGGAAUUACCGUCGAUGAUCAUCGAGUGUUGCUCCCAGGAACGAACAUACUCCAAGUUCUACGGGCUUAUCGGUGAACGAUUCGCCAAGAUCAAUCGCCUCUGGUCCGAUCUCUUUGAGGCUGCAUUUGCCAACUACUAUGACACUAUCCAUCGCUACGAAACAAACCGCCUGCGCAAUAUCGCGCGUUUCUUCGGACACAUGAUCAGCAACGACGCCAUCGGCUGGCACGUUCUAUCCGUAAUUCACAUGAACGAGGAGGAAACUACCUCGAGCAGUCGUAUCUUCAUCAAGAUUCUGUUCCAGGACUUAGGAGAACAUCUCGGCUUGCCCGGCUUGCAGGCCCGUUUCAGAGACGAAAUCCUUCGUCCCAACUUCGAAGGCCUCUUCCCGACAGAGAACCCUCGCCAAACCAGAUUCUCGAUCAACUAUUUCACCAGCAUUGGCAUGGGUGUCUUGACAGAGGACAUGCGCGAGCAUCUCAAGAAUCUCCCCCGACCCACGGUGCCAGCCUUGCCAGCAGCCCGUGCCUCCCGUUCCCCAUCGGCCCGGUCAUAUUCGUCCUACAGCCGCUCUUCUCGCUCCCGAUCCCGAUCCCGCUCCCGCUCCUAUUCCUACUCUCGCUCUCCUUCUAGAGAUCGCGGCCGUUCUUACACCCGGUCCGUCACUCCUUCUUCGCGAGGCCGCAGCUACACUCCAUCUCGCUCGCGCUCGCGCUCAGGAACUCCUCCUCGCCGUGCCAGACGUGCUUCAGACAGUCGAUCGCCAGCCGAUGGCUCCCAAUCCCGAUCCCGUUCACGCACUCCCGCUAAACGGUCCCGAGGCCGUUCCUACGAUUCACGUACCCCCAGUCGCAGCCGGUCGCGAUCGGCCAUCCCACCCCGUCGUGGACAGGCUUCUGGUCCCCGACGGACUCGCAGCUAUUCGAGAUCUAUGUCUCGCUCUGUGACACCUCCCCGCCGGGGACGUACCACAAAGGAUUCUCGCUCACCUUCUCCUCCUCCACGCCGGAGACGUAACUCGUCUUCUGUCUCCGGCAGUCCUCCCAGACGCCGGGAUGAUUCGCGAGGUAGAAGCGCAUCACGAACGCCGCCUCGUCGUUGA